AGAAAUAACAAAACAUUUUUUAAUAAAACGACGUGUGAAAAACGUACUUUUAGAGGAAGCCCGACCAACAAAGAAAACAGUUUAACAGAUGUGCCCUCGGAGAAGCCGGUUCCAACAACUUACUUGAGCGCCGCUGGCACACGACGGUCGGAUUCUGAGACUGGCCGUUUUGCCGGAGCUGCCCGCGCGCGCCGUGUCCGCUGAGUCCGAACGGGCGGGAUUUACCGGAUCUGUGUUCACCUGGGAGUAAAAACCGUGCGGAAAACCGAAAGGCGCUCCUGCGGAACACGUUUGCCCUUUUUUCUGUUAUUCCUACUCAUUCAUAUGCGAUUCACUCGUGUGUAGACUGAACUCUCCUGCUGUUCCCUGCACUUUUUACGGUUAAUGCAGAAAAAAACAUACUGUACUUGAUAAAUACCGUCAGAGAUUGAGUGGCAAAAAUACCUCAGUAAGACACACGAAAUUUCUGCAGUUUCCCGAAUAAGGUCACAGGAAGAGUUUUGAAAGAAUGAGGAAUGCCUGGGUGAAGCAUGAGCUGUUGGCAUCCCGCUUUUAGACUGGGUUAUCUAAUGCUUCUAUGGGUGUGCAUAACCCUAAGCCUUCACCGCUGGGUCGUGGCCGCCUCGGCAAGCUCUGGCGAUGUUGCCGAUCCCCUCGGCUGGCUCCUUUCCGAUAAAGGGCCUUUCCACCACUCCCAGGAGUUCACAGAGUACGUGGAGCGUUACCAGCAAGGCUACACAACCAAGUACAAGAUCUACAGGGAGUUUGGUCGCUGGAAAGUCAACAGCCUGAUAUUGGAGAGACAGGACAACAAUGGCCUGGCCCUCCCACUGGACCCUGACUUCUUGCAGAACAUCAGGAUGUUGGGACGCAGGCCCAACCUCAGAAAGAUUACAGAGAACAUCAUCAAGAAAUACGGCACCCACUUUCUACUGUCAGCUACUCUGGGAGGAGAGGAGUCCUUGACGAUAUUUGUGGACAAGAGAAAGCUGAGUAGGCGAGCUGACCUGGGGGAGUCCAACAGCACAGUGGUGACCCUGGAGGCACUCCACCAGCUGGCAGCCUCCUACUUCAUUGAUAGGGAGAGCACACUACGUAAGCUGCACCACAUUCAGAUUGCCUCCACUGCCAUCAAGGUGACCGAAACAAGAACAGGUCCACUUGGAUGCAGUAACUAUGACAACCUCGAUUCUGUCAGCUCUGUUCUGGUUCAGAGCCCCGAAAAUAAGAUUCAGUUACAAGGCCUGCAGGUCAUUUUGCCUGAGUACCUGCGGAGUCGAUUUGUGCAGGCAGCACUGAGUUACAUUGGCUGCAAUUCGGAGGGCGAGUUUGUGUGCCAGGGAAACGACUGUUGGUGCCAGUGCAGUGCGAAGUUCCCCCAAUGCAACUGCCCCACAAUGGACCUCCGUGCCUUGGAGGACAGCCUGUUGCACAUUAAAGAAGCCUGGGCUCUGGCCAACAAGGAGUUUGAAGAGUCGGAAGAGUUCCAGUUUUUUGUGAGCAGACUCCCGACAUUCUAUGCUCUGAAUACGUCCGCCGUGCAAUACUUCUGGAAGCUGGAUGUAGCCAUCCAGCAGCGCUACAGGCAGCUGGAGACCGGCGCCGGCUCACUUCUGAGCAAAGCACGGAAAGUCGUCAACAAGAUCUUUGCUCUCAGCAAGAGGUGCCGCACCCAGCCCAAAAUAGUUAUGCAGAAAGAGAGGUCUUUCAACUACUGGCUGAAUUACAUCCUGUCCAUAAUGUACUGCAGCGAGAACAAUCACAUUGGGAUCUACACAGAAGAGACGCGUAGCUGCCUCUGCCCCUAUGAGCACCUGAGUUGUCAGGGGGUCAUUCCAUGCACAGUUGGAGAUGGACCCCUGUGCACCUCUUGUGCCUCAGAAAACCGCACGCGGUGUGCGAGCUGCAACACAGGCUACACGCUCAGCCAGGGCUCCUGCCGGCAUGCCGUUCCAGAUUCCACGGACCACUACAUUGGCUUUGAGACUGACCUCCAGGACCUGGAGAUGAGAUACCUGCUCCAGCGUCGUGACAGCCGCAUUGUAGUGCAUGCCAUCUUCAUCAGCAACGAUGUGAGACUCAACCACUGGUUUGACCCCUCCUGGAGGAAGAGGAUGCUGCUCACACUGAAGAGCAACAAGUACAAGUCCAAUCAUGUCCACAUGCUCCUGGGGAUCUCCCUCCAGAUCUGCCUUACGAAGAACAGCACCCUGGAGCCAUUGUUGUCUGUCUACAUUAACCCUUUUGGUGGCAGUCAUUCUGAGAGCUGGAUCAUGCCAAUCAAUCAGAACAACUAUCCAGACUGGGAAAGGACUAAGCUGGACAUUCCUCUUGACUGCUACAAUUGGACGUUGACUUUGGGAAACAAGUGGAAAAGCUUCUUUGAGACGGUUCACUUCUACCUGAGGAGCCGCAUCAAAGCGACAUCAGCCCAGGGGAACGGCACUGUCUAUUUCGAGCCACUGGAGGUCAUGGAGCCGUCUCAGAACCUGGGCUACAUGAAAAUAAACAGCAUGCAGCUGUUUGGUUACAGUAUGCACUUUGACCCAGAAGCAAUUCAGGAUCUGAUUCUGCAACUGGACUAUCCGUACACUCAGGGAUCCCAGGACUCUGCUUUGCUCCAGUUGGUAGAAAUACGAGACCGUGUCAAUCGGCUGUCGCCGCCUGGCCCACAGCAGUUGGACUUAUUUUCUUGCUUGCUACGACACCGUCUCAAAUUGUCUGCCUCUGAGGUGGUACGAAUAUUAUCUGCGCUGCAGGCUUUUAGUGCCAAGCAACCAAACUCGAUGGAAUAUGAGGCGACCAAACUUUGUAGUUAAUAAAGAUGAGUGCACAAGCCUGACCAGGACCAUUCUGAAGUUACUGUACCUGACAAUGGUCUGAUUACUAUAAGGAGUAAAGAUCUGGAAUAUUUUCACACUCAAUGGUUGGCUUUUCAGCCUCGCUUUCAUCUUGAUACAGGAGAAGUAACAAUGCUGAAUACUUGUUAGAAACAAUGUGGGACACUGAACAAGGGUUUUGCUUGGAAAAUCAUUUCUAGACAGUGCAAUUUCCAUAUCCAAUGACUUGUGUAACCCAUAUAAAAACAUAAAUGGUUCUGGAGAUUUCUGAAUAAUUGCCUUUUUUUAAUUUAACUUCUAACUCAGCAUGUCGCUUCAGUGUUCUCACUUGGUAACAACAGUAUACUCUACUGUAUUUGCGCUGUCUCUGUUGUAACCAAGACCUC